AUGAAGUUGACUGUGGGAAGCAUCUCGGCGUAUCCGAACAAUUUAUCUGUUUGCUAUCUGGAAAGUAGGAACAUCACAUACGCGUGCGUUGUUCAGAAAACUCAGGUGACUACACUUUUUCGAUGUGAAUAUUUGCAAAUAGCGACAAAAUCAAUAAUGGUGCCAGACCUAACGGUGCAUACAGUAAAUUGGGAUAGCAAGAACGAGAGCGUAAGUUGGGACAGUAUCAAUAUCUCAGACAUAAGUACGGACAAACCUGUAAAUGUACUCCAGGGUAAUAAGUCCAAUAAUAAUGCAAUUUGUUCAAAGUAUGGAACGAACAUGGCCAGUUUGGUAUUGCCAAAUGCUCGAACGUUGCCACUUUUGGUCGUUGGAACCACAAUCGGAGCUCAGAUUUUUGAUAUGCGGACUCAAAAACUUCUUGAGCAACAACUCAUCGAUACAGGGAUUAGUGAACCUGAUGAUACCUCAUUCUGGAGUAGCUUUUGUCGAGGGAUAACUUGUAACGACAACACGAUUCUUGUUGGGACGUCUAUUGGGCAUAUCAUGCAAUUCCAUUGCAGCGGUGAAACAUCUAUUACGACAAAGAAAUGGCUGAAGGAGCAUACUGCCAGUAUCAGUGAUCUAGCUACCUGUCGAUACGACGAUAUAACCUGCUCUGGUGAUAGCUCUGGAAAAAUUAAUGUAUGGAACAAAAGCAUCAAGGGCGUACAACUUAAAAUUGCCACACAGCAUCCAAUAACGGCUAUGAGUGUUUUGCGGAAGCAAGUAAUUGUUGGGACACUUCGUGGACGUGUGCUGUUCUAUUCAAUCUCAGGUGGCGAGCUAAUGGCCGAAGUUCUUGCACAUGCCCGAGCCAUUACUUGUAUUUCUGUGGCACCCGAAAGCGCGUACGUUCUUACUGGUUCAGAAGAUGGACGAUUUAUCGUGUGUAUAAAUUGCACACACAGGAAGACCUCCAAGCCUAUCAGGUAA